UCACGGCGCGGGCGGACCGACCGGCCCGCGGCAGUUGGCACGGGGGGCGCUGGCGCGUCGGCCGCUCCGCUCUCCCGCCGGCAGCCUCUGGCGCGUGGAGCCAGCGGUCCAGGCGGUGGCGCGGGGGACCUGGAGCCGGCGGGCCGGCGGCGGCGGCGGCGGAGCAGGCGGAGGACGGUCGGCCCGCGCUCGGCAGUCCGGGGCGCGCUCCAGCCUCGUCGGCAGCCCGGAGCCCGGGGCUCGGGCGCCCUCGGGCCCGCGUCCGCGCGCGGCCACAUGGCUCCGUUCCGCACGCUGCUGUCCUGCCUGCUGCCCCUGCACUGGGCGCUCUGCGCCGCCGCGGGCAGCCGGACCCCAGUUUAACAGGGCCUUGGGGACUACAGAAAGCAAGUUAUGUGCACAGAGUACUUGAACACCGUUCAUCUAAGUACAGAGAUCCAGAGGCUCAGGAAGCACUGGAUGGCUAUCGGAUGAACUUGGGCUAAGAGGUCCCUCCGAGGUGAUGCUGAGGGUUGCAGAGCUCUCUCCGCCCGUGGGAUUGCCGGUCUCCCCUUACCUUUGCACAGACUACAUUGAUGUAACUCCUUGUUUACUUCCAGCAGAGCUGCGCCUCUCCAGAAAGCUCAGUGACUAUGUUGUGACAGUGCCAUGCAGCACAGAUUUUCGGGGACGCUUCCUCUCCCACGUGCUGUCUGGGCCAGCAGCAGCCUCCUCAGGGAGUGCAAUAGUGGAUGAGCCACCCGCACCACGGUCACGCUCAGGUCACCUCCGGGUGGCCCGCAGCCCCCUGCGCCGCAAAGGAGCCACCCUGCAGUCUGGCCGGGUGGGGCGCUCCUCCCUCUACUUCAAUGUUACUGUUUUCGGGGAGGAACUGCAUUUGCGCCUACGGCCCAACCGACGGCUGGUGGUGCCCGGAGCCUCCGUGGAGUGGCAGGAGGAUUUUCGGGAGCUGUUCCGACAGCCCUUGCGGCGGGAGUGUGUCUACACCGGGGACGUCACAGGCAUGCCAGGGGCAGCUGUCGCCAUCAGCAACUGCGACGGAUUGGCGGGCCUCAUCCGCACCGAUAGCACCGACUACUUCAUAGAGCCCCUGGAAUGGGGGCAGCAGGAGAAGGAGGCCAGCGGGAGGACACACGUGGUGUACCGCCGGGAAGUCGGCCAGCAGGAGUGGGCGGAGCCUGGAGGGGACCUUCACAAUGAAGCCUUUGGCCCGGGCGACCUCCCCAACCUGCUGGGCCUGGUGGGCAACCAGCUGGGCGACGGGGAGCGGAAGCGGCGGCAUGCCAAGGCGGGCAGCUACAGCAUCGAGGUGCUGCUCGCGGUGGAUGACUCCGUGGUGCGCUUCCACGGCAAGGAGCACGUGCAAAACUACGUCCUCACCCUCAUGAACAUCGUGGAUGAGAUUUACCAUGAUGAGUCCCUGGGUGCCCACAUAAACAUUGCCCUUGUCCGCUUGAUCAUGGUCGGCUACCGGCAGUCUCUGAGCCUGAUCGAGCGGGGGAACCCCUCUCGCAGCCUGGAGCAGGUAUGUCGCUGGGCACACUCUCAGCAGCGCCAGGAUCCCAGCCACGCAGAGCACCAUGACCACGUCGUCUUCCUCACCCGGCAGGACUUUGGGCCCUCAGGUACGCAAGGGUAUGCGCCUGUCACUGGCAUGUGCCACCCGUUGAGAAGCUGUACCCUCAACCACGAGGAUGGCUUCUCCUCGGCCUUCGUGGUGGCUCACGAGACCGGCCACGUGCUCGGCAUGGAGCAUGACGGUCAGGGGAAUGGCUGCGCGGACGAGACCAGCCUGGGCAGCGUCAUGGCACCCCUGGUGCAGGCUGCCUUCCACCGCUUCCACUGGUCCCGCUGCAGCAAAGUGGAGCUGAGCCGCUACCUCCCCUCCUACGACUGCCUCCUCGAUGACCCCUUUGCGCCCGCCUGGCCCCAGCCCCCGGAGCUGCCGGGCAUUGACUACUCGAUGGACGAGCAGUGCCGCUUUGACUUCGGCUCUGGAUACCAUACCUGCUCUGCGUUUCAGACCUUCGAGCCCUGCAAACAGCUGUGGUGCAGCCAUCCUGACAACCCGUACUUCUGCAAGACCAAGAAGGGGCCCCCGCUGGACGGGACAGAGUGUGCCCCUGGCCAGUGGUGCUUCAAAGGUCACUGCAUCUGGAAGUCGCCGGAGCAGACUUACGGCCAGGAUGGAGGCUGGAGCUCCUGGACCAAGUUCGGGUCAUGUUCACGGUCAUGCGGGGGUGGCGUUCGAUCCCGGAGCCGGAGCUGUGACAAUCCCCCCCCAGCCUACGGAGGCCGCCUGUGCUCAGGGCCCAUGUUCCAGUACCAGGUGUGCAACAGCGAGGAGUGCCCGGGGCCCCACGAGGACUUCCGGGCCCAGCAGUGUGCGAGGCGCAACUCUCAUUACAUCCACCGGGACGCCAAGCACAGCUGGAUCCCCUACGAGCCAGAAGAUGAUGCCCAGAAGUGUGAGCUGAUCUGCCAGUCGGAGGACACAGGGGAUGUGGUCUUCAUGAACCAGGUGGUCCACGACGGGACCCGCUGCAGCUACCGGGACCCAUACAGCGUCUGUGCCCGCGGCGAAUGUGUGCCCGUUGGCUGUGACAAGGAGGUGGGGUCCAUGAAGGCAGAUGACAAGUGCGGUGUCUGUGGCGGCGACAACUCUCACUGCAGGACCGUGAAGGGGACACUGGGCAAGGCCUCCAAGAAGGCAGGAGCUCUCAAACUGGUCCAGAUCCCGGCGGGUGCCAGGCACAUCCAGAUCGAGGAGCUGGAGAAGGUUCCCCACCACAUUGCGGUGAAGAACCAGGUCACAGGCAGCUUCAUCCUCAACCCCAAGGGCAAGGAAGCAAUGAGCCGGACCUUUACUGCAAUGGGCCUGGAGUGGGAGUAUGUGGUGGAGGACGCCAAGGAAAGCCUCAAGACCAGUGGGCCCCUGCCCGAAGCCAUCGCCGUCCUGGUGCUCCCCCCAGCUGAGGGUGGCCCCCGCAGCAGCCUGGCCUACAAGUACAUCAUCCAUGAGGACUUGCUGCCCCUUAUUGGGAGCAACAACGUGCUCCUGGAGGAGACGGACACCUACGAGUGGGCGCUCAAGAGCUGGGCCCCCUGCACCAAGGCCUGCGGAGGAGGGAUCCAGUUCACCAAAUACGGCUGCCGGCGCCGGCGAGACCACCACAUGGUCCAGCGGCACCUGUGUGACCACAGGAAGAGGCCCAAGCCCAUCCGCCGGCGCUGCAACCAGCACCCGUGUGCCCAGCCUGCGUGGGUGAUGGAAGAGUGGGGUGCCUGCAGCCGGAGCUGUGGGAAGCUGGGGGUGCAGACCCGGGGGGUUCAGUGCCUGCUGCCCCUCUCCAACGGGACCCACAGGGCCAUGCCGGCCAAGGCCUGCCCUGGGGAUCGGCCCGAGGCCCGGCGGCCCUGCCUCCGCGUGCCCUGCCCAGCCCAGUGGCGCACGGGAGCCUGGUCCCAGUGCUCCGCCACCUGCGGGGAGGGCAUCCAGCAGCGGCAGGUCGUGUGCCGGACCAACGCCAACAGUCUUGGGCAGUGUGAGGGGGAGAAGCCGGACACUGUCCAGGUCUGCAGCCUUCCCCCCUGUGAAGGCAAUCUCCAGAACUCUACAGCGAGAGCUGACAUUCGGGAACUUGUGACUCCAGAAGGACAGUGGGCGCCACAGUCUGGGCCCCUACAUCCCAUUAACAAGAUAUUAUCAACGGAGCCCUGCGUGGGGGACCGGUCCAUCUUCUGCCAGACGGAAGCACUCGAUCGCUACUGCUCCAUCCCCGGCUACCACCGGCUGUGCUGUGAGUCCUGUUCCAAGACGGCCCUGGGCCCCGACACCAGCCCGGACCCUGGCCUGGCCUCGCCGCCACCAUUCUCUACUCCCGGGAGUCCGAAGUCCCCUCCAGAUGCUGUGGAGCCCACUGUGGGAACAACAGGGUCAGAUGCCCAUCAGCACGGCCAGCCCACACAACUCCCGAGACCUCUGGGCACCAGCCCCCCGGUGACCCAGCACCGCUUUACUCCCCAGACACUGGGCCCCAGAGCAGCUGGGGGCACUUCCCCUGGCACCCCCCGGGGACUGCCUUGGGGCUGGACCAGGGCACCUGUGCCAGUCUCCGAGGAAAAAGGGCGGCUCAGGGAAGACCCGAAGCACCCAGGCACCAGCCUUCCCGCCACCUCCCUGGGGACAUGAGCCCCGCCUCGCCUAUCCCGCCAGUCAAGUUUACACUGUGUGCUGCCUCAGAGACCGCCAGCUCAGAGGACACGCAGCGGGGGCAGCGGCAAACACAGACUUCCUUCUAAAUUAUUUGCCUUCUUGUUGUUCUAGUUUGGGGGCUGUGACACUUGAGCCCGUGAAGCGGGCGCGUGAGGAAGAAAAAGAUCAGGGGAAGCCCUAACCGGAGAUACCUCAGCAAGCAGCCAGGGGGACAGUCGUACCUCUCAGGGGCUCCCCGUCUGUCUCUUGGCAGGACUGAGGGCCAGCUAGCACCCCCCCCCCCAUCCCGGAUCCUUCCAGCUGCCUGCCUUUGCCAGAACUUGUGGGGUCCACUAUGGAGGUCCUGUCUAUCUGGCCCCUCUGCCCAGAGAGGCAAAGCGGGACCAGGGAAGGUGAGGGGGGAGCACUCUCAGGGCAGUCCACGAGGAAGGGGGCGAGGGGUGAGUGUGGUCAUGACGCUCAGGCUGCAGGGCUGGGGUGGGUGGGAGGCGAGUUCAUCUCAGGCCCAGCUCUUCAUAGCAAGAGCACCACACAGCUCCUCCAGCCAAGGCCAAGGCCAAGGCCAGAACCCACCUCACCCUUGCUGGCCAGAAGGCAGUGUUGGUGACCACCUCUGCCCCACGCACAUGGCACCUCCUGUUACUUCCGGUGCAUCCCAACCUCACCCGGUCCAGCCCAGAGAAGGGGGUCCUGGACAGUCUGGAAUGCGUGUUCUCAUCAUCCGGGGCAUGCACAACUGGUGCUAGACCCCUGGCCGCACCAGGAAUGUCAACUUCGGUCGUCACUUUGCAGCAUGAAAGGAGCCCGGCCCGGAAGGUGACUUUCUGGGACACAGGGAUGUGAGUUCUCAGGUUGUGCCCCAUCCAUCAUCGUUCUCUGCCGAAGACCACCCCUGCUGGAGUCAGGGGUCUUCUCCCACCUGGCCGGGGCUGGGCCAGAAGUUUGUGGUGCUAGGGUAACGGGGUGCAGUCAGGUCCCAAGGCUGAGGACCACAGUCCACCCAGGCCCAAGCCCCAGGGCAGGAUGUGAGCCUUUGCCCCAUGCCUGGCGGCGGGGGGGGGGGGGGGGGGGGGGGGAGGCAUGUGAGCAUGACCCACAGCAUUGUGGGGGCGUCAGCUACUCUCCGUGUUACCUCCAAAGGCAGGUAACUUCCCUAGACCCCCUGGCUCCCAGGAGGCCCCUUGGGGUGCCAGGAUUUCUCCCAAGGGUCCUCAUUCCCAGUCACACAGAGGGUGUCCCAGACUCCUCAGCAGGUGACAGAGGUGCUUGCCUGCCUGCCUUCCUGGGGGCAGGAGGGCUGUUCUGAGCCAGGCUAGAGGCCUCGGAGCAGUGGGUCCCCACCCCCACAACCCCUGGAGAACAGAGGCCCGGAGGGGGCUCCCCAGCCGUCCUCUCCACCUGCUGCCACCCCCUCCCUGGGCCGCUGGGGCACACACUGAAAUCAUUCCUGUGAUGUGAGACCCAGCCUGCUGGCGUUAGGGGUGUAACUUCCCAUGCCUCUGAGAUCCGGAUCUUUACACGUUUAUGUAUUUAUUAACAUUGUCCUUGGUGUUUCGUUUUGGACCCCCAAAUGGCAUGUUGUGUUUUUCUCGUUGUCUCUGUUUUAGAGGAAAAGGACGGUGAAGCCUCCCUCUCAUGUACUCUGCUGGGCAAGGUGCCUGGGGGUAGGGGAUGGAUGGGGGAGCAAAGCCGCAGAGGCUCGACCCUCAGCUUCCCUUUCUCGGCCUCACUUGCUCUUGGGCUCCUCGGAGCACCAGCUCAGGGAAGAGAGGCCAGAACAGCACCGUGGGCCGGGGGGGGGGGGGGGGGGGGCCGCCCUCGAGUAGCUCUGUGGCCUUGGGCAGGUCACCAUCCGCGUGGAAGUGCCUGGGAGGUAGUUUUGGGGUGUGCAUAGGGACAGCAAGGGGUGGCUUCCCUUGGGGGGGGGGGUGAGCACUCUUUCCCUGGAAAAGUCCAGGCGGAAUGAGAGUGCCGGAUAGGCGGGGGAAGGGACGUGACGCCGGGGGAGCAGGGAGGGCUGGCACGUAGCAGGAAUAACUUAAAACCACCCAUCCGUGGGGGGGCCUGGGUGGCUCAGUUGGUUAGGCCUCCGACUCUUGAUGUCGGCUCAGGUUAUGAUCUCGCGGCUCGUGAGUUCAAGCCCUGAUUUGGGCUCCGUGUGGGAUUCUUCCCUUCCCUCUCUCUCUGCCCCUCCCCUGCUCAUGUGUGUGCGUGCGCGCGCGCUCUCUCUCAAAAUAAACAUUAAAAAAUCAUUUAAA